AUGGCGGACCUCUUUGCCCUGCGCUGCAUCGAGACAGACAGCAUGUUCAGGAACGACGAGUACGUGGCGCCCUCCAAGGCCAAGGCCAUCCAGAAGCUGGUGCGGGAGCUCUGCAGCGAGCUGCGCAGCGUGGCGCUGCCGCUGGUCAGCGCGUGGGGCGUGCCGGACCACAUACUGCGCGCGCCCAUCGGGCUGGGGGCGCACAGCGGCGUCGACAUCUACAAGGAGUACGUGACCGCCGUGGGCUUCGACAUCUGA